AGCAGAACUUCUCGAUCAAGUGAAUAAGAUGCCAUUCAUGAACGGAACCACAAAUAUACCAGCAGCUUGUAGCGAGAUACAGAAAAUUAUAGAACUGACUUCGUGGAGAUCUCAGUUUGUGUUCUUGUUCAGACGGUAUGCCCAAUUCUUUGAGUGAUGCAGUCAAUUCUGUGAGUGAUUUGAGGUCUUAUCUUGAAAUAUCCAGCGAUCAGAAUGAAGUCUAUCUAAUAACUUGCGGCAAUGAUGUUAGACAUGAGGGUUUCCAUCAGCAUUCCAAAAAUUCCCGACACAGUGAUGUAUUUCCAAGCACAAAUUUGGAACCCUUGUACAACGUUUUCCAGAAACGAGUAAAUGUAACGUGUGCAGCCUGUGAAAUCAGACGGGACGUUGAUUUGGUAUUUGUCUUGGAUACAUCGAGCAUUCAACACCCAACCACAUACCUGGCCAGCCGGAACAUUUUCCUUCAGCUACUCGCGGCAAUGAACGAGUUUGUUUUCUUGGGUCAAGGAUACGUGCAGAUUGGCGUGGUUCACUAUUCGGACAACGCCACGGUGUUUAUGCCUUUGAAUUUUACCCACGAUUUGAAUACAUUUGCCAGUACUUUCCAAGCUCCGUUGCAAGAUAACUUCAACAGCUCGUCAAACUUGUCGAACGCUCUUCAAUUCAUUCAGAAGGAAAUGUUUACGACAAAACAUGGAGCCAGAGACCAUGCCUCAAAAUAUGUUGUUCACGUCUUUAAUGGACACGACACAAACAUUACAGAGUCCAUUGGUAUUGUUGAAGACAUGACAAAAAAGGGAAUUAAUAUUUUGUCUAUUGGUAUAGGAACGAAAUACCAAGAUUCGGAUGUGUUAAAAACGGCUACUAGUUCAUUCCAUGCUUAUUUCUCUGAGCUGGACUUUUCAACAAACCAGUGGAACUUGACAAAUACUGAGCUUGAAUUUGUCAAGAAAUUUAACAGUCGAUUAGAAUGUACAAGUAGAAUUCUAUAUCAAAACGUUUUUAAUCGCAGUAUUUUGAUGCGUUGUGAGACACAUUUGUCUCUUUGCAAGUAGUUUUCAUUAGAACUUGUGAAGCGAACUUCUAAGUACAUGUUCAGAAACCAAAGGGAGUAACAUUUCAAUUUCAUCAUAGUUUGGAUAAACUAAGGAAUUUAUUUCUGUUUUCAUUAAUGUAUCAUUUAGAAAUUUCAUCAAAAAGUGCGUAAACAACAACAAAUCAAGUGGAUGUGCCUUCACCUAGAAAAAAUCACCUUAGCACAAUAAGAUAAAUUGGACCCCAAAUAAAAGUUGCAAUUGUGAAACAAAAUAUGUUGAAAACGAAGAAAGAGAACGGGGAAAGUUAAAAUACAGGCAUGUAUCAUGCAUUGUGCAAUUCGAGAAGAUUCGUUGAACACUGCGCUAAAUGGACUCGUACUAUGUGCCAUUCAGUAAACUUCAUGGCAACUUAAAUGUCUGGAAUGGUGACUUUAUAGCAGAGUCAAGGCAUACAAUCACCUUAUAGUUACAUUUUAGUUAUGCUUUUGUUCACUGAAUGACGAAGCUUCAUUUUGUACUGGUUAUUGUAGAUGGAGGUUAAAUUACGAUAUGAGUACGAUUUGGCAUAUUUUUGUGCUUGCUAUUCAAAAUAUUGACAUUUUUAUCAAGAAUGUCAGAAGUCUGACAGUGUUUGUUUCGAAGAAAGUGUUAAUAUCAGAACGAAAAAAGCAUAUUACAGAAAAAUGGUUGUUCAGCUAAAAUAUGAUGACAAAGUAUACAAAGCGUAAAAUGCUCUUAGUUAUAUUGAAUAACAUUAGUUAAAAUUGAGAUAACCUUAUUUUGGCCUGUCUGCAACGUUGUUUAAACAUCUUAAGUUUUCAGAUACUAAUUAUGAUAGGAAUGUUUUUUUUCUUUCAUGGAAAUAAAAAUAAUUUCUAGC